CGAGGACAGUGUGAGUGUCACCGAGGACAGUGUGAGUGUCACCGAGGACAGUGUGAGUGUCACCGAGGACAGUGUGAGUGUCACUGAGGACAGUGUGGGUGUCACUGAGGACAAGCUCCUGAUUUUUCCUUGCGUGUGCCCUGGUGAACAGUGGUGCCGUCCUGUGUCCCUGGGUCUUCACUGCACUUGAUUUCUUUCGCUCCUAGCAGAGUUCGACAUUGUUUUCGCUCUGGGGACAGAGCCCAGAGCCUCACACAUGCGAGGCACGUGCUGGGCUGAUGCAUCCCAGCCGCAGUCUUGCUUUCACAUGGGUGAGAGAUCCACAUCCUCAGCUCCCUAUCCAAGCCUGAUUUGACAUUCACAAAUCACCCAGCUUUGUCCCACUGGCUUCCUGCUCACUAUAGACACAGUCACAAGGAAGCAGAACUUCCUCUCGCAGCAAGUGCGCACGUGUUCUAAAAUAAGGGCAGACUCUCUCCAAACACAGCAAAAGUCCCGAGUCUUCAAUUAAGGGGCUAAAUCCGACCCCACAAAUGUUUUUGUAAGAGCUGAUUGCCCUGGCUUGUGCGUCACUGCCGGAGCGUGGAGAGGCGUGCCAGUGUUCAAUGGACGUGUGCAGACCCCAAAGCAGGUGGUACCAGAGCUUAAAAUACCAAGGAGGCCCUCGUCCACAAAGCACAGACUUCAGGUCUCCAAGGAGGAUGGGUGGCUGCAGCACAAGAGGCAAGCGGCCGUCAGCCCUCAGUCUGCUGCUGCUGCUGCUGCUCUCGGGGAUCGCAGCCUCUGCCCUCCCCCUGGAGAGCGGUCCCACCGGCCAGGACAGUGUGGAUGCCACAGGCGGGAGGAGGACCGGCCUUCUGACUUUCCUUGCCUGGUGGCAUGAGUGGGCUUCCCAAGACAGCUCCAGCACCGCUUUCGAAGGGGGUACCCCGGAGCUGUCUAAGCGGCAGGAAAGACCACCCCUCCAGCAGCCCCCACACCGGGAUAAAAAGCCCUGCAAGAACUUCUUCUGGAAAACCUUCUCCUCGUGCAAGUAGCCCGAGCCUGACCGGAGCCUGACCGGCCACCCUGUGAAUGCAGCCGUGGCCUGAAUAAAGAGUGUCAAGUA